AUGGAGGGUAGCGCAAUUAUUGUGAAUGCCGACAAGAAUGAUGGUGUACCGAGGGCGAGGAAUCAAACGGUGGAGUCUAUCAGCGAGUCUCCGCAACAACACAACGUCAACUUACAACACGCUGUAUUUGAACCACAGCCUGACUUCGGUCAAGAUCGUGGCGUCUCUGGCGCAGAUCAUCGCACGGCAUGUACAACCAGGCUCGCUCUGUUCAAGGCCUUCUUGGACAGCAAACACAGCGCCAGCAUCAAAACAAGCAGCAGCCGCCGCCACCGCCACGACAGAAUCACCACCCCCAACAGACACAAGCUCAACAACUACAGCAGCGGCAGCGGCAGCAGCAGCAACGACAGCAACGACAGCAACCUGAGUCUAGACAACAAGCCCACCCCGAAAAUCAUGUCCAUGCUAAUCAACAUCACAUCAUGA